AUGUCUUCUGUUAAUUCAAAAAAAAAUCCAUAUAUAGAUGAUUUCAUAAAAUUCCUAAAUAGUUCACCUACACCAUUUCAUGUUGUUAAUACAGUCAGCAAAUAUUUAUCUUGCGCUGGGUUUAAUGAAUUGAAAGAAUCCAAGCACUGGGAGAAGAGUAUUGAAGCGGAAAAUAAGUAUUAUAUUACACGAAAUAGUGCUUCAAUUAUUGCUUUUAGUAUUGGUAAGGAUUGGAAACCAGGGAAUCCGAUAGCUUUUUCAGGUGCACAUGUGGAUUCACCAUCACUAAAAAUUAAGCCAAUUUCUAAAAAAACAUCAGAAGGGUAUCUUCAAGUCGGCAUUGAAACAUAUGGAGGAGGAAUUUGGCAUUCAUGGUUUGAUCGAGAUCUUGGAGUAGCAGGACGUGUUAUAAUUCAAGACAAAGAUGGAAAUAUCACACAGCGUUUAAUUGACAUUCAAAGACCAUUAAUGCGUAUUUCAACGCUUGCAAUUCAUCUUGACCGAGAAGUUAAUCAAAAAUUUGAAUUCAAUAAAGAAACACAGUUACUACCAAUUAUGGGACUAGAAUCAAGAAAACAACUAAAAGAUCAAGAAGAUCUAACUAAUACAACCUUAAGGCAUCAUCAUGAGCUUCUCGAUUUGAUUGCUCGAGAAUUAGAUAUUGAAAAACAUCAAAUCAUGGAUAUUGAACUAAUACUGAAAGAUGUACAGCCUGCUUGUAUUGGCGGAAUUAAUGAAGAAUUUAUUUUUUCAGGGAGACUCGAUGACCAAGCGAUGUGUUAUUCUAUUCUCCAAGGCUUUCUUGAAAGUUUUGAGUCAAGAAAAGACUCAGAACCAGAUUCUAUUAUCAGAUUGAUGGCAUUAUUUGAUCAUGAAGAAGUUGGCUCAGUAAGUGCUCAUGGUGCAGAGUCAACUUUUUUACCAUCAGUAAUAAAAAGACUUUUUAAUUCUAAAUUGGCACAAAAAUACGAUAAUUCAAUAAGUUUUGAACAAACGAUAUCUAAAAGCUUAUUAAUAUCUGCGGAUAUGGGACAUGCAAUUCAUCCUAAUUAUUCUUCCAAACAUGAAUCUAAUCACAAACCUAAAUUAAACCAAGGACUUGUGUUAAAAAUCAAUUCUAACCAACGUUACGCAACAAAUUCUCCAGGAAUAGUAUUUGCACUUAAAGUUGCCAAAAAAGCGCAUGUAAAUCUUCAAUUCUUUGUAAAUUCAAACACUAUGCCCUCUGGAAGUACAAUUGGACCUUUAUUAAGCGCAUCUCUCGGAAUCAGAACAGUUGAUAUCGGAAUUCCACAAUUAUCAAUGCACUCUAUUCGUGAAAUGGCAGGUGUAAAUGAUAUUAAUAGUUCUAUUCUUUUUUUCAAAAGUUACUAUGAAAAUUAUGCAAUUAUACAAAAAGCAAUAAUGCUUGAUUGA